AAGCAGCAGCACAGAGGGCUGAAAGACGUCCGACUGGAAUGGCCUGUUCACCGGAGAUGGUGUUACUGGUAUGCUUCUGACAAGACAAACCCACCUCUUGAUUACCGUCAACAUCCAUUUAAAAUCAAGAUAAAAUAUGAGCUAUGCCAAAAGGUAAGGGAGCCAAAGGGAAGAAGGUGACGCUGAAGAUGGCCAAAAAUGCAGUGAGGGUCACACAAGAUGGGCGGCGAAGGCUCAGCCUUAGCAACAUGGGUAUAGUCACCUUCCCCAAGUGCCUUCUCAAACUGACCAACAUCGACGAACUGGACCUCAGCCGCAACCUAAUACAAAAACUUCCAGAUGACAUUGGAAAUUUUCGGUCACUCAGCUGGUUAGAUCUCCAUAGCAACAAGCUGGAGGCUGUGCCUGAGUCUAUUGGCAAGCUGAUGGGACUGACCCACCUGAAUCUCUGCAACAACUACCUAACCUCCGCAGGGUUACCCGCCACCCUGGGCUCGCUUUCCGGCCUGAAGAGUCUCAAUCUGGGAUUGAACCGGCUGGAUGCCCUGCCUCCCGAUAUGGCGGGUCUAACCAGUCUUCAGGAGCUGGGCCUGUUUGAUAACCUCUUCAUCAGACUACCAGAGUUUGUCAGUAUGCUAAGCGGCCUCACUAAGCUGAACAUAAAACGAAACCCCCUCUCCUGCACCGAGGGAGAUGGGGCGGAUAUGAUGCAGGAUUCAUCAGAGCCAGAGGAGGACAUGUACCUGGUCACAGAGGGCAGCCUGUGUAGCACUUGCCUUCAGAGGUGUAAGGAGGACAGGCAUAAAUGA